AAGGUUUCGGUCUGAUCGUAUUAACUUCAGUGUCAACGCGUUAUUCGACGGAGAAGUGCUCAAGGAUUUGUUCUAUUCUGCAAGACUAAGAAAGCGUUUAUUCAAAGAUGUCCUACAAAGUUGAACCACUUCCUGACUCCUAUGCCGGCCUAGGAGAGGGUCCCCACUGGGAUGUGGCCACCCAGAGCUUGUACUACGUCGAUUUGGAGGCUGGAAAACUGCUUCGUUACGACUUCAAGCAGAACAAGGUGUACAAGACGCAGAUUGAAGGCGAGAGUUUCGCCGCCUUCGUCCUGCCGAUUAAGGGCAAGCCCCAGGAGUUUGCCGUUGGCUGUGCUCGCCGCGUGGUGAUUGUCAACUGGGAUGGAGUCUCGCCAGUGGCCAAGGUGGUGCGCACCCUGUUCGAGGUACAGCCGGAGAUGGAUAAGAACCGCUUGAAUGACGCCAAGGCCGAUCCCCGUGGUCGCUUCUUUGGCGGCACCAUGCGCUACAUUGGCGAUGAGUUUGAGUUCCGUCACGGUGAGCUCUACAAGUGGGAGGCUGGCGGCCAGGUGUCCAUUGUGAAGGGUGAUGUGGGCAUCUCCAACGGCUUGGCCUGGGACGAGAAGGCCAAGAAGUUUUACUACAUUGACACCACCGACUACGAGGUCAAGUCAUACGAUUACGAUUUCGAGACAGGCGUGUCCAGCAACCCCAAGGUGAUCUUCAACUUGCGCAAGACCAGCCCCAAGGAUCAUCUGCUGCCCGACGGUCUAACCAUCGACACCGAGGGUAAUCUCUAUGUGGCCACAUUUAACGGUGCCACCAUCUUCAAGGUCAACCCAAACACCGGCAAGGUCCUGUUGGAAAUCAAGUUUCCCACCAAGCAGAUAACCUCGGCUGCUUUCGGUGGCCCCAACCUGGACAUUCUCUAUGUGACAACCGCGGCCAAGUUCGACCAGCCGGCCCCAGCGGGCACCACCUAUAAGGUGACGGGCCUGAAUGCCACCGGCUAUCCAGGCGCCUAUCUAAAGGCCUAGG